AUGGAGUUAAGCAAUUUCAAUGCAUCGAAAAAGAUAUCACGCGAAGAGCGCCGAUAUUCAGUACCUCACGGUCCCAAUACGCCACAGCCUCCAGCGGCAUCAGAGGACCUACAUGCAUGGUCAAUAUAUAGGCAAAAUCUCAACUCCGACUUCACUGACUCCGCUUUGGGCUCAUCAGACAAAUCACCGCUGCCAUAUGGAAAUUUCCAGUUACGCGACACCACAGUGCAAUCAAUUCUCAAUCAUCCGCGCUACGGACCGAAGUCUCCCUUGGGCUCGAAUAUGUACACAUAUUUGAAGUUUGGUCUGCCGCGCGUUUUCCCGCCCAAUGCCGGUUCGCAGCGUUCGCAUCGUCCGCCGGGUCCCGGACCGGGUGGUGUGCGUGGACGUGUUAAUCGUGGCUUUCGCGAUAGCUCAGGUGUACCACCAGCCGGCUCUUCGGGCUAUGAUAGUAGUGACAACGAAACAACACGCAGUCGUGUGCCGCCCAACUUGAGAAAAUACCGCAGCGAGUCGGAUUUCCGUGCCAUUGGCGGCAUACCCAGCUCACGUCCGGAAUCGCGCGCGCAAGGUAUACCCAUAACAGCGCUGCGGCAGGCGAAUAGUCGUGCCAGCAUUGCGGUGGGCACCCAUAUUAAUACUCAUCACUACAUGCCGAAUGGCAAACACUACGGCCAUCGCUCGCACAGCGAAGCCGAUUUGUUGGCCGGUGGCGCUGACGUCAUUGGUUAUGAUUAUGGAGAGUCACGUAUCUACGGCACAUCGCGCAAUCGCAGCUCAGAACAUCCGAACGGCGGACACGUCAGCUACAUUAUGUCUAGCCGUAAGCAUUCCAGCAUAGGGCUGGUCUAUCCCAACAUACAGGUGCAUUGUCUAGAUGUGAAUCCAUGUCUGCGCGGCGUAUCAUUGCAAGCCAAAGCUGGCGAUUUGUUCGCCAUAAUGGCAACAUCGCAGCGUGAGGGCACUGCGUUGACGGAAUGCUUAGCGGGACUGCAUGAGCGUAUGGGCGGUGAAAUUCUCAUCAAUGGCCAACAAAUCAAUAGACGCGGCUUGCGCGAGCUGUGCAGCUAUGUGCCAGCGCUAAAGGUGUCCACGCUGGAUCCGCGGAUGAGCGUGCAGUGUACUUUGAAUUUCCAUGCUGCGUUGAGAGGUCCGAUGGAUCGGACUGACCUCAAGGAAAGAAUGGAUGUGCUGAUCGAAGAUCUGGGGCUGACAACAGUGCGCGCUUCCAACGUCUCUUCGCUUACACACUCGGAAAAGCAGCGUCUAAGCGUCGCAUGCCAAUUGCUUGCGCAAUCAUCGCUGCUUAUACUCGAUCAGAUUACCAGCAAUAUGGACAUCUUCGACACAUUCUUCCUAGUGGAGUAUCUGCGCCAAUGGGCAAGUGGUGGACGUAUCGUAAUUUUGACCCUCCAACCGCCUACAUUUGAAAUACUUUCCAUGUGUUCCGGUGUGUUGCUAUUAUCGGGCGGACGCACUGUAUUUUCCGGCAGCCGCUCUGACUUGCCUAGGCAUAUGGGUGAACUGGGCUAUCCGUGUCCGCCUUUCAAAAAUCCAGCGGAUUACUACUUGGACUUAGUAACACUGGAUGACUUGUCGGCCGCUGCUAUGCUGGAGUCGUCGGCGCGCAUUGAAUCGCUGGCCAACUCGUGGGAUCAAAUUAAUUCGGAACCACCGCUUGCGGCACCACCGGCAUCGCUGCCCAACUUUACCAGGAAAGCGGGUUUCUGGGGGCAAACUAAAGCUUUAAUCAAGCGCUUUGCCGCGUAUAAGCAGCCGGGUUCGCUGCUCACCUGGAUCAGCAAAUUAAUUGCGGCUGCAGUGCUUUCGCUCUGCAUCGGUUGCAUAUUCUGGGAUGUGCCUGCGUCAGAUCCACAGCUCAGCUACAACGAUCGCUUCGGUUAUCAUCACUGCGUUAUGGCGGUGGCGUACUGGCCCUUGCUGCUGCUUACCAUACGCGAUGCACAAGAGGAUCGGAGACAUGCCGAACGCGAUAUACGUUUGGGACUCUAUACGCGCUCCCUUUACAUCACAAUACAAUGUCUUUUGGGACUUUUUCCAAGCCUUUGUAUCUGGUUGGCUUACUUGCUGCCCGCACACAGCAUGGCAGGGUUGUAUACCUAUUCAACAAGCAGCGAUGCAGGCAUCUAUCUCUAUAUGGGUUACAUGCUGCUCUAUCUCACAGUUAUUCAAACGCUUGGCCUCUUUUGCGCGCAUCUCAUGCCCUGCAAGGUGUCCGCCAGUAUCUUCAACGCGCUGAUUACUUUGGGUCUGACUGCGGUGGGCGGCUAUGCGGUGCAUCCACGUAAUCUUUCGAAAUUGUGGUCGUGGUCGCAAUUGAUAUCGGCCGAGAAGUGGUUGCUGCCGGUUUUGGUGCAGGAUGAAUACAGCGCGGAGACACUGGCCAAUUCGGCGGGUCUGCAGCUUUGUCGAAAUAAACAGGUUCAACAUCAAGAGAUUAUAGUGCAACAGCCGUGUCCUCCACCGAAUGGUACUCAAGUGUUAGUCGAUUUUCAACUAUUGCCGCGCAAUCAUAUACUUGAUCCGACCGACUCCUUUGAGCAAACGACAACACUCGCCUUGGUGCUGGCCUCCGUUAUACUCUUUAUAGUGACAUUUUUCAUUUUUGUGUGCAAUUGCCGUAAUACCUUCCGUAAGAAGCAUAAACGAAUGUAAAAAGGAAAGAGGAAAACACGCAUAUAGACACUAAGGAUCCUAUAUAUUAAACACUGCUAAAACUUUAAAUAUUAACGCUGACUUCCAUAGUUUGUAGCAAAUUUAUGCAUAUUUAAACAAUGCAUUUACGAACUUAAAUAUACAUAGUUAUAUGUUAUUUAAAUGACUAUUAAGUUUUAUGAAAUAUUUUAUUUUAUUGCAAAUACUAAAAUUUCUAAGUAAAAGUGCGAUGUUUAUAAAAUGUUUAUUACAAUAUUUUCAUACUAUUUUUUUUAUUAGAGAUAAGCGCUUAAGAGUAUGUAAAAACAAAAAACGUCCGAAUGAAAAUAAAUAUUUUUAUUUAAGAAUAAAAAACUUGUUGCUGAUUCUCGCAUCGGCUUCGAUAACCGAAAAUGAUAAGCGGUUUGGUUUGGGUAAGAAAAGUAUUGUAUAUUUGUAAAUAUUUUUAUAGCUUGUCACUAAGUGGAUUGAUUAUAUAUAAUAUGUGGCAUGUGCGUAUAUUUAUAAAUUUUUUGCUUU